GGGCUUAUCAGUGGCUAUAGGGCGCCUCCUAAUUAUUAUUAUCUCUGCUUAAUUGUAUACAAUUUGCAGGUGUCCUAAUACCGUUUGGCCACUUUUAAUUUGCUCUAAAAGCUUGUGGCACUGCAAGAUGGUAUUGGGGUAAAAACGGUACAGUACAUCAUGAAAGUGCUGCAGGGGCAGGACGCACCGUAGUGGAUUUGCUGGUUGGUGGCCGUUUUGAGUCACAGGUGAUCGAGGAGCAGUUUAUCUCCAUGUUCAACGCAGAUUAGUGUUUCACAAUAUCUGCAAACAUGAGCGCUCCACCGAGCCCCUCUCCAACGCGAUGGUUCAAAGCAUUGAAACGGACCAAGUCUGGGGAGUCAUGUAUGAAGACUUGCCCUGUUCUGUGUGCGGAGCUGCUGAAUCGGGCCAGAGCGGCCCAUCGGGCCGGCCGUGCCAUGAAGGAGAGCUUCCGACAUGCUCAGCUUGAAGCUGUGGUCCGCAUGAUGCAGGAUCACGAGUGUGACUUUGUGGAUGCACUAGGCAAAGAUCUUCACAAGCACCGAUUUGAGACUGUGAUGUUAGAGCUGAUCAUGGUGAAGAAUGAGGCUCUUUAUGCAGCCAGUAACUUGAAGAGGUGGAUGGAACCACAACACAUGGAUCGUACACUGGCCACCUCACUGGAUGAGGGCCUGGUGGUGAGCGAGCCCCUUGGAGUGGUUCUGGUUGUGGGAGCAUGGAGCAGCCCGGUUCAGCACUGCCUGGUACCACUAGUUGGGGCCAUUGCUGCAGGGAACUGUGUUAUCAUCAACCCCUCGGAAAUUAGUUCUCACACAGCGGCCCUUCUACUUAGACUCCUUCCUUCCUACCUCGAUAAUGAAUGUUACCAUGUGCUCCUGGCCGGGACCAAUGACCUACUGGAAAUUAUAGACCUAAAAUUUGAUCACAUCUUCUUUACUGGCAAUGGGACCCUUGGGAGUAAGGUUGCGCAAGUUGCUGCACGGUCGCUGACCCCGGUCACACUGGUUCUGGGUGGUAAGAACCCAUGCUAUGUGGACCGGCAGUGUGACAUUGGCACGACGGCCAAGCGCAUCGCCUGGGCUCGCUUCCAGAACGCCGGACAGACCAUGGUGGCUCCUGACUACGUGCUGUGCCAUGCAGACGUGCGUGACCAGCUGGUGCAGGCCCUGCGCUCCUCCCUCAACCAGUUCUAUGGGUCGGACCCACGUGAGUCUUGCAGCUUUGGGCGCCUGGUCAACGUGGAGACCGUCAAACGAGUGAAAGACCUACUCUGGAAGUCUGGGAAAGUGGCCAUUGGGGGACAAGUGAAUGAGGCUGAGAAGUACGUGGCACCCACGGUUCUGACUGAGGUGGUGGAGACAGACCCCAUCAUGCAGCAUGAGGUCUUUGGCCCAGUUCUCCCCAUCCAGACUGUCAACAGUUUGGAUGAGGCCAUUUCUCUUAUUGGGCAGCAGGAGAAACCCCUCUGUGUCUACGUCUACUCCAGCAACAGCAAGGUCGUCUCCCGGAUGAUGAGAGAAACCUCCAGUGGCACCUUCUGUGCCAAUGACUGUGUGUUGCAAAGCUUGAUGCCCAUGCUUCCCUUUGGAGGAGUAGGUUCCAGUGGAAUGGGCUCCUACCACGGCCGCCACAGCUUCGACACUUUCUCCCAUAGGAAGUCCUGCCUUCUCCGGGGUACACGCAUUGAGUGUGUCACCUAUUUGCGCUACCCACCCUAUGACGACCGCAACCUGUCUCUGAUGACAUGGGCCAGUAGCCUGUCACAAAAGGGCCAGGGCUGGUGCCAGAUUCUGUGAGGCUGUGGAAUGCUGCAGAAUGUGAAUCGAAAAGAAGCUCUCAGCUUGUUCUGAAAUCUGGUUGUUCAGGGGGUUUUGCAUGUGUGGUGGGGGGGCUUAACCUGAUCUGGAGUAUUCAACAUUGUAUGCAAAGACCUUACACAAUAAAAAGGACAAAUGUUUAUCAUUGCA